GCGACCAAAUCCAAGAAGCCCAUCAUGCUUCCGGUCACAUUUAUGGACGGUACCACUAAGACCUUGUUAACCGACUCGGCCACUACGGCCAAGGAGCUUUGCACCUCAUUGGCCGACAAGAUAAGCCUGAGGGACCAUUUUGGCUUCUCCCUUUACAUUGCACUCUUCGACAAGGUCUCUUCCCUCGGAAGCGGCAGCGACCACGUCAUGGACGCCAUCUCGCAGUGCGAGCAGUUUGCCAAGGAGCAGGGUGCCCAGGAACGCAAUGCCCCUUGGCGACUCUUCUUCAGGAAGGAAAUCUUCACCCCCUGGCACAAUCCCACCGACGACUACGUUGCCACCAAUCUCAUUUACCAGCAGAUCGUCCGAGGGGUGAAGUUUGGGGAGUACCGAUGUGAUAAGUCAUCACAAAAUCUCCAGAACCGUAAAGAAGACAUGGCCGAAUUAGCUUCCCAGCAAUACUACGUGGAUUAUGGAUCCGAAAUGGUCUUGGAGCGUCUUUUGAAUCUGAUUCCCUCCUACAUUCCCGACCGAGAGAUCACGCCUUCCAAAACGGUCGAGAAGUGGGCUCAGUUUAUCAUCGCGGCCCAUAAAAAGGGAAUUUAUACUCAGAAGAGGAUGGAUCCUAAAAGAGUUAAGGAGGAAGUGGUGGACUUCGCUCGCUUCAAGUGGCCUUUGCUCUUCUCCAGGUUCUACGAAGCAUUUAAGUUUUCAGGUCCCAGCCUUCCACAAAACGAACUGAUUGUCGCUGUGAACUGGACUGGGGUGUAUUUUGUAGAUGAACAAGAGCAAGUCCUUCUGGAAUUUUCCUUCCCGGAGAUAACCGCUGUCUCCAGCAAUAGUGGAGGGAAACUCCAAGGACAGAGUUUCAUACUGGCGACCAUCAAAGGCGACGAGUACACCUUCACGUCCAACAACGCAGAGGACAUCCGGGCCCUGGUGGUCACCUUCCUGGAAGGGCUGAGGAAAAGGUCGAAAUACGUGGUCACGCUGCAAGACAACCCCAAUCCAGCUGGCGACGACUCCGGUUUUCUCAGCUUCCUCAAAGGAGAUUUGCUAAUCCUGGACCAAGACACGGGGGAAAACGUCAUGAAUUCCGGCUGGGCCAACGGAGUCAAUGAACGGACCAAGCAGAAGGGAGACUUUCCGACCGAUUCGGUCUACGUCCUGCCCACUAUGACCACGCCUCCUCCGGACAUCGUGGCUUUGGUAACCAUGACUCCAAAUCAGAGGCAAGAAGUCCUAAGGACGUCCCAGCUGGUGAUGAGCGACAGCGAAGAAAGGAUCAAGCCAUACACGCUGGAAGAAUUCUCCUACGAUUAUUUUAG